AUGGUGAACCUAAACAUAACCACCUUAGUAAUUUUAGCUUUACUCAUUUUCACCACCAUCUCCACUACCACCAACGUCUCGGCCAACGCCCCUGCCGCCGCCCCCGCCCCCGCUAACGCCCCCGCCGCUGCCACCGCCACUGCCCCCGUCCAUGCCACCGCCACUGCCCCCACCCCCGCAGCCGCCACCGCCAACGCCCCUGUCGCCGCCACCGCCAACUCCCUCACCACCGCCAAUGCCCCCGCCCCCGCAGCCGCCAUCUCCCUCACCACCGCCAAUGCCCCCGCCCCCGCAGCCGCCAUCUCCCUCACCACCGCCAAUGCCCCCGCCCCCGCAGCCGCCAUCUCCCUCACCACCGCCAAUGCCCCCGCCCCCGCAGCUGCCAACGCCCCUGCCGCCGCCCCCGCCAACUCCCUCACCACCGCCAACGCCCCCGCCCCCGCCGCCGCCACCGCCAAUGCCCCCGCCAACGCCCCUGCCCCCACCACCGCCAACUCCCUCCAAUUAAACAUGUGUAGCACCACCGAUUAUAAAAACACAUGCCUGAAAUCCCUUAGUGCCACCGGAGGAACAAAGAACCCAACCUUGGUAAUAUGGACAGCCUUUUCUACCGCCAUCAAUGGAACCCAAAUGGCAAUCGACGCCAUAUCUACCCUACUCCAAUCAAAUUCAAUGGUGGAUUACGAGAUCUGCCUAGAACUCCUCGACUUGGCAAAGGAUGACAUCAAUAAAGCCAUUAAAAAGUAUGAGGAGGUCACAUCAACUGGGAAAAAUAAGGAUAAACUGUUCUCUGACAUCAAAACUAGUCUUUCCGGUUCACUAACAUUCCACCAAACGUGCAUAGACGAGAUUGAAAACAUGACCACAAACGGAGACAACAUGCAAGUUUUGAAGGUAUCAAGAGAGCUUUCUAGUAACGCUCUCGCUAUGUUAACAUUCCAAGAAGACAACGUUCCUACGUCGUCGUCGUCAUCGUCGUCCUCGUCGUCGUCGAUUAGCAAAGUGAAUAAUAUGUUAGUUAUGGCUCCAGCACCUUCCCCAGCUGCUGCGGCUUAUAAAGAUGAUCAAGUGUGGUUGUUCAUAGUAUCGAAAGAUGGAUCGGGAAUGUUUAGCACAAUUAAUGAAGCGUUGAGUGCAAUUUCGAUUAAAAUUGAUAAUCAUAUCGAAAGGAAGAGGUUUGUGAUAUAUGUGAAAUCUGGUAUUUACCAAGAGUAUGUGGAGAUUACAAAGAAGAUGAAUAAUAUAUUAUUGAUCGGAGAUGGCCCCACAAAAACUAGGAUUGUCGGAAAUAAGAGUGUCAAAGGCGGAUUUAAAACAUUUAAGACGCCAACAUUGGUUGUGAAUGGCGAGAAUUUCAUUGCAAGAGACAUAUCAAUCGAAAACACAGCCGGAGGUGGGAACUAUGAGGCGGUAGCCCUUAGAAUAGCUGCAGACAAAUCCAUCAUAUACAAUUCCUAUAUAGACGGUUAUCAAAACACCCUUUACGCUCAUGCCCACAGACAAUUCUACCGCGACUGCACCAUCUCCGGCACCAUGGACUUUAUAUUCGGUAACGCCGCCGCCAUGUUUCAGAACUGCAAGAUCGUCGUGAAACGUCCAAGAACCAAUCAAAAAUCAUGUGUAAUCACAGCCCAAGGUCGAACAGAUUCCAGAUGCAACACCGGAUUUAUAUUCCAAAACUGCACCAUCACGGCCGAUGAAAGCUACUCAGCUAUAAAACAGAAUUUAACGUCAUUCCUUGGUAGGCCAUGGAAGAGAUACUCCAGGACUAUGUUCAUGGAGUCUGAAAUUGAAGAUGUGAUUGAUCCAAAGGGGUGGAUGACAUGGAUCGGUCGUGAGGAAAAUUGGUGGACGGUUUGGUACGGAGAGUAUCUGAAUAGAGGCACCGGUGCUGAGCAUAGUAAGAGAGUUAACUGGGUUGGAUUUCAUAAGAAUAUUACCGAUGAAGUGGCCGGUGAUUUCGUUCCACGGCGGUUUAUCGACGGCGAUGACUGGAUACCAGUGAUGGGCAUACCCUAUUUUCCCAACUUUACUAGUACUGUAUCCUCUCAUUAA